AUGGUGAGGUACAUAUAUGCAGCUAUUGGAAACCCUUGGCCAAAGGCAAAAGGUGUGGUAAAAUUGGACCUAUCCAUAUCAGAGAUUGAUCAUCGUGAUUGCGUAGUGGCCACCCAAAUUUUUGGACCAAACUGUUUCUGUUGUGAGCCCUUCUUUGUGGCAAAGGACCCCAACAAUGUAUUUGCGGCGGAUGAAGAUGAUGGUUACGUGGUGUGUGAUAUGCACAAUGAGAAUACAAGAGAAUCAAGCCUCUUGGUGAUGGAUGCAAAGUCUCAUGAUCUUGAAAUUGUGGCGGUUGUGAAACUGCCUCGUCGUGUGCCUUAUGGUUUUCAUGGGAUAUUCGUAAAGGAAAGUGAUCUGAACAUGCUAUUGAAAAGUGCCCGGUGA